GCAGUAAGAGAAUGUAAGGGCCAUGGAAAGGAGACCAAAAGUCCAGAUAGAAAUAGUCCCAGUCUUGGCCUCGAAACCUUCUAACAGUCCUUUUCUCUGACCAUUCCCUCAAUUGCCAGAGACCGAGCGUCUGGACCAUCACUUCUCAUUGAACAUCGUACUCAAGGCUUCAACGGUCUUUAAAAGUCUUGGUCAUAAUGCAUUUCUCGACUCUUCUCUCCCUCUUGCCCGUAUGGACCACCUUCGCGUCUGCCCAUUUCAUCCUCCAAUAUCCUAAAUCUCUCGGCUUCGAUGAUGAUAUCGAGGGCACAUCACCCUGCGGUGGAUUCGCCGCCACCUUCAACUCCUCCGAUGACAGUGUUCCUGUCGAUGGCUUUCCUGUUUCCAUGUUGAGCACACAUCCAGCUGCAGACUGGCUCUUCCGCGCAACACUCGAUCAACAAGCUCCUUUCAACUGGACCAACUUACUGCCUGUUGUCUCCGAAACUGGCCUAGGACAGUUCUGUCUGCCGGCUCUUAAAGCUCCAUCAGAUUUUGCUGGACAGACUGGUCUCAUCCAGGUCAUCCAAGAUGGCGCCGACGGAGUUCUUUAUCAGUGUGCUGCAGUCAACUUCGUCACGGGCGUCAACAGCACUGUCAGCUCGAGCUGCACCAAUGUCACUGGCUUGACGGCGACGGUAACCACCGACAACAACUUCAACACCACUUCCUCUUCCUCAUCAACCGCUUCGAGUGGUGCAAGUAGUACCGCAUCGAGCACCACUUCUGGCGCUGCCGCAUCCGCCAGCUCAUCUGGACUUGCUGCUGCAACAAAUGGUCCCGUGCUUGUCAAAAACCUUCUGGUCGCCGCUGGCAUUGCUGCGCCAUUCCUUUUGUAGAAGACUUCGGCACAGUAACACGACGGGUCUCGGCUCGAGAUGUGGAAUGACAAUACCUUCAGCAUGAGAAAUGCAUAUGUAUGAGCAAGCGUUGCAAAAAAAGGCCUUUUCACUGGGAGGGUGAUUUUCUUCUUCAGCAGCUGUGUUGAGGCGGAACUCUGUAGCCUGACAAAUGACAGCCAGUAGGCUCUCUGGUCGUG